CGAGGAGCCGAGGACUGUAACGGAGAUCUCCUGCUGCUCCGCAAGAAAUAGACGAUUAUAUUUGCAGACAAAGGAGACAGCGAAAGAAAUCUCGAUUGAUACUUUACAAUGGAGUACAGGAAGAUUAAGGACGAGGAUAAAGAUGGGACUUCUGUUACUGAUGAUAUUGAGAGCUUAGGAGGCAAACCCCUUUCAGCGAACAUUGCAGCAUCUGAGAGGUCCAGGUGGAUGCGCAAGACAACUGUUACCUUCGCAUUGACUCUUCUUACAAGUUCACAAGCAAUACUUAUUGUCUGGUCCAAGAGGGCUGGCAAGUAUGAGUACAGUGUUACCACUGCCAAUUUUAUGGUGGAGACUUUGAAGUGUGCAUUGUCACUUUUAGCUCUAGUCAGGAUAUGGAGAAAUGAAGGUGUUACUGAAGAUACCAGGCUUAGUACGACAUUUGACGAAGUCAGUGUUUACCCCAUUCCUGCCGCACUUUACCUUGUUAAGAAUCUACUUCAGUAUUACAUCUUUGCCUAUGUGGAUGCUCCGGGAUAUCAGAUAUUGAAGAACCUGAAUAUUAUCAGUACAGGUGUUCUAUACCGAAUAAUACUCAAGAAAAAGUUAAGUGAGAUACAAUGGGCAGCUUUCGUUCUACUAUGUGCUGGCUGCACCACUGCACAACUGAACUCCAACUCUGAUCAUGUUCUUCAGACACCUUUUCAAGGUUGGAUAAUGGCCAUUGUAAUGGCUCUCUUAAGUGGGUUUGCUGGAGUGUAUACUGAGGCUAUAAUGAAAAAGCGUCCUUCAAGAAACAUAAAUGUUCAGAACUUCUGGUUGUAUGUCUUUGGGAUGGUCUUCAAUGCUGUUGCAAUACUGAUUCAAGAUUUUGAUGCUGUCAUGAACAAGGGAUUCUUUCAUGGAUAUUCAUUCAUUACAGUUCUCAUGAUUCUUAACCAUGCACUCAGUGGCAUUGCUGUAUCUAUGGUGAUGAAGUAUGCGGACAAUAUUGUAAAGGUGUACUCUACUUCAGUGGCAAUGCUUCUCACAGCAGUUGUUUCUGUGUUUCUUUUUGGCUUUCAUCUUUCACUUGCCUUCUUCCUUGGCUCAACUGUUGUCUCAGUUUCAGUUUAUCUGCACUCAGUUGGGAAGCUGCAAUGGUAGCAACGAUUUCCUCUCCUGCCUUGGUGUAUUUGCAAAGUCAAUGUAAAGGCUAUUGAGCAGAGAUUUUUCUUCCCACUUUCAGAAGAUUAUUGUGAAACUGGCAAUUACAAAGGAAAAAUAGAAAGAAAUGUACGUGUAAUUUUUAUAACAACUAGUUCAAGACAGUGAGAACGAAAUGCCAGUUUCAGUGCUUUGAUGAUCGAUAAUAGAAUUGCAUGAAAGUCGCGGAGAUUUUAUUUGUAACAUCCUCAUUGAUUCGAUUGUCAAGAGAAAUAUAAGUUCUGUGAUUUUUUUCCUA